UUAAGUUUUCAGGGGGAAAAAAAAGUGUUGAGGCCUGAUUGCUGUUUAUCAGACAGAACUUCCCAAUUACAAUUACAGCCCUGGGUUAAGGAGGUUUAAUCCAUGCAAAUCGUGUUAGGAGUCAAUUUCCCACAUUGCUUUUUUUUUUUCUUGGCUUUCUCAAUCAGACAGGUGCACAAUCUGAGAUAUCAGAUGGAAACCAAUAGGCAGCAAUAAUCAUAAACGAUAAAACCUGCAGGAUCACUUCAGAACCUCACAGGAUCAUUCGACCAGCAUGGACCGGGACAGCAGCCCCCUCACAGCCACAGCCACAGUGACCGACGCUCCCGUCGUUUUCCCCAGGGUGGGCUACAGUAUCCUCUCCUUCCUGAUGUCCAUCAACACGGUGUUUUCGGUUUUUAACAACGGACUGGUGAUAGCUGUGAUGCUGAGGAACGCGUCUCUCCUGCAGCCCAUGAACGUCUUGAUCCUCAGCCUGGCGGUGUCCGACCUCAUGAUCGCCCUGUGCGGCUCGCUGGUCGCCACCGUCACAAACUACCAGGGCUCCUACUUUAUCGGCCACGCCGCCUGCGUUUUCCAGGGAUUUUCUGCGAAUUACUUCUGCCUGGUGUCUCUCUGCACUCUGACCCUUCUCGCCUUCGAGCGCUACAACGUGGUUUGCCGCCCGAAAGCCGCUUUUAGGCUGAGCAUGCGGCGAAGCGURCAGGGCCUGCUGUUCGUCUGGGUCUUCUGCUUGUUCUGGGCCGUCGCCCCGUUACUCGGCUGGAGCUCCUACAGUCCCGAAGGCGUCCAGACGUCCUGCUCUCUGGCGUGGGAGGAGAGGUCAUGGAGCAACUACAGCUACCUCAUCCUGUACACGCUCCUCUGUUUCAUCGUACCCGUCGCCAUCAUCGUCUACUGCUACUUCCACGUGMUAAAAUCCCUGAGAAAGCUGAACAGGAGCCUGGAGCUACAAGGCGGCCGUAACAGGAAGAGUGAGAACGACCACGCCGUCACCAUGGUCCUGGCGAUGAUAACGGCCUUCUUUGUUUGCUGGCUGCCCUACACGGCCUUGUCAGUGGUGGUAGUGGUGGAUCCGGAGCUGCGCAUCCCUCCGCUCAUUGCCACUCUGCCCAUGUACUUUGCAAAAACCAGCCCGGUGUACAACCCCAUCAUCUACUUCUUUUCCAACAAACAGUUCCGUGAGUGUGCUCUGGAGGUGUUGUCGUGCGGGCGUUAUGUUCCCAGAGGGCCCGCCGGCGUCAGCAGCUUCCCUCUGAGCUCCUUGAACAGGGGGAGCUGUCUGUCUGUCUGUCUGUCUUCCAGGAGCAGGAGCGCCAGCACGCGCAGCAAGGUGUUGCCUCUGUGACUUCUCCGCAGCCAAAACAAACAAGGUGCCAUUGUUGACAGCGAUUGUUGGCGCCUCGUCAAGGACACGGAGUGGAGAACGGAGUGGUGGGGGGGAGGAUGGGGGUUUGAAAUUUACAGGGAAACUUUCCAAAAUGUGCUAAUGCAGCUGCAGCUCACUGAAUAAAAGUGCUUUCUGAAAAGUUUGCUUA